UGUUAGUAGUGAAAAGUCCGUCGUAAAGGAUUUUGUCAAUUUUUGUAAAAAUUUUUCGUACCCACCAUUUAGCUUAUGUUUCUAAUAGUUCGAAGUUUUCCACUAACCAAUUCUGGAACGCGAAGUCACUUUGGAUUUAAUUACGACAAAAAUGGAAGGGAUUGGAACAUUAAGGGUGGGAAGAGGCAGUCCCCAAUUGCUCUUUGCAAGUAUAACGCCACAACAAGCCAUGUACCCAAACUGGAGCUUAUAAAUUACCACAAGCUAUUGUGUGAUCCUUUGUCAGUUAUUAACGUGGGCCUGACCGUGCUUAUGAGGAUCCCCAAGACGGUGGAGGGAGAGCAGCCAUCCGUCUGCAUCAGCACUGAGGUUGGCCACAUCUUCGAGGCGCAGCAACUGCAUUUCCACUGGGGCUCCGAACAGAGCCGGGGAUCGGAGCACAAUCUGGAUGGGGAGUUCUACGAUGGCGAGAUGCACAUAGUCCACAAAAAUGCCACCUAUGAAACCAAUAAUGAAGCUGGUCGUCAUCCAAACGGGUUUGCUGUAUUGGCCAUAAUGCUGAGGAACUUGAAACCUCCGGAGAAUGAGUCACUGGCCCUGAACGAAAUCUUCAACCAAGUCUCUGAAAUAUCAGAGGUAGAAAGUACUCAAAAUCUGGGGAAAAGCAUAGCUCUGGAAGAUCUCUUUGGUGGUAUGGACACAGGAAGAUACCUAACCUACCAAGGUUCACUAACCACUCCACCCUGUGCAGAAGCAGUCCUUUGGUUUGUCUUUCAAACACCUCUAGAUAUUCCCCAUGAGCUUUGGCAAAACUUUUGGCAACUGAGGAACUCCCAAGGCCAGCGUGUCCUUAACACCUACAGGGUAUUGCAAGAUGACCACGAUCGCACAGUUUAUCUAAGUGAAGGGAAAAGCACUUCCCAAGGAACCGAAAUUUAACUUGUUAGUAGUGUUUUUUAAACUGUAUAUAGUAGAAUAAAAACUAUUUGAAACUGCCAA